UAUUCUAUGAAUAUUCAACUAUACGUAAACUGUACUUGAAAUGGUAAGGAACCACGUCAUGCAUCACCUAGAAUCAGCCAAAACCCCCCCUCGGAACCCCCAGUACGUGCAUCCAGCCAAACAGUAAACACACGCGCAGUGUGCCGGAUGACUAAAUAAACGCAGCAGGAGCCAAAAAGAUUGCAAAACAAAGAAGACAAUUUUUGGCACGCGUGUGUAGACGUAGUAUGUAAACGAGUCGCAGAAAGAAAAAACCCCGACAUUAUUGGGGACGAAAUAAAAGUGGAAUCACCGAACAUUGGCGUGACUAUGUAUGAAAACACAACAUGAAAGCCUUCAUAGAAUCUUUACUAGACUUGUUCGAACAAGAAACAGAGGACAUGAUAGACGCCAUUGAAGAGAGUCGGAUGGAACUUCGAGGAACCAUGCUGGACUUCGAAGACGAAACCGAACAGUUAAGAGCGGAAUCACGAAUGUUAGAACAACGACGAGUUGAGUACGAGAAAGAUGCGGUAGACAGGUACUUGGAAAAGAAAGGACGGAAGGGCCAAGGCUCCAGAGCCUCAUCUAGAAUCUCAAUCGUUAACGAACGAGAUGAAGCACGGAGUCGAGCAGCAGUAGUGGAGUAUAUCCGGAAAAAGAAGGACAGAAGCGGAAGUUCCCUCAGCGUGCACAGUAACCCAAGCCGUCAUUCACCCAGCAAUGAACGUCCAAUUAGCGUCAUCAGUUCCAGAAGUUUGCCCACUCCUGUUAUGUCCCAAAAAACCAUCGAAGAGGAGACCGAUUUGAUAAUGAAGAACAUGACAGCAGCCGACAAUCAGAUGGAGUAUCAGAGACAUCGCCAUGCCGAGAUGUUGGAGAAGAGAAGACAGGAGAGAGCAGUGAAGAAGAAGACGACAGAAGAAAAGGCAUUGGAACUGCUGGAGAAGGCGUUACUGGUGGACAAACAACUAGCAGCCAAGAAAGAAAUGCAGAACAAAAAGUUACAAGAACGCUUGGAUGAAAUGAAAAAGAAGAAAGAACGCGACUCGGCUUCUCGUGCCGACUCAAGGACAGACGACAAGGGACACACGAAUGAAGCUUUUGAAGACCUCGACAGAUUCUAAAAUCAAAUCAAAAAGAUAUACCGGCAAAGUGUUCAGUCGGGCAAAACGAAUUUUCAGGAACUCUCUGCGCGUGGACCAUAGAGAUUAUAUAUAUACAAGUACCUCAUCAUUUGUGUUAGAAUGCACCAAGGUCCAGUUAUUCACAACAUAGGAUUGAUUUGAAUAUCUAUUUACAGAGGAAAAAACUUGUUGAGGUCUGAAAAAUACAUAUUAAUGGAGAUGUUCUUAAUUCUUGGUAAUGUGGAGAGAGAGAGAGAGAGAGAGAGAGAGAGAGAGAGAGAGAGAGAGAGAGUUUAAGUUUACCAUACUUUUCAUGUACUGUGUACCACUUAUUUCGCGAAACUUUAAUUUUUGCAAAAGACUAGUUUCGCGAAAUUACGCGUAAAGGAUGUUAUCGCGAACAAAAUGUUAUUUAGAGUAAUUCAUAGGUUAUGAAUCAUUGUUAUUUUGUAGAGUAUUCAUCGUUAACAUAACUAUCCAUUGAUUGAAAAAUGUUUUGAACUGAAAAUUUAUUUACUUUUAAGAGUGAGAUGAAAUAUUUAUGAAAAUAAGUUCUUCUAUUUGUUUCUUAUUCUCUCGUUGUUGCAAACACAAAACUCUGUUAAGGAAGUUUGCUGCCGAGAUGAAAAUCAUGAAGUAUUUUUAAAAAGAAUAUGUUCAUUGUAUGUGUAUCUAAGUUCUUUAAGAACCCAAGAGAAAAGUGGGGACCUGUGUAUAUAUUUAAAAUGAACCAGAUGGCACUAUCUAAGAGCAAGAUAGGACAUGUAGGAUGCCUGUAAAAAGAAAUAAUCACCAUCAUGAAUGGACGUGUAGGUAACCAAAGCCACAGGAUUGACAGGGAUUUUUUAAAAGCAAAUUUUGGGUUUCAGAAGAAAAUGAAAAGUUGCAGCUCACACAAAAUUUGGUAAGUUUUAAAGGUAGGCAAGUGUGUGCUCUAUAUUUUGAAGCAACAUUUAACAAAUAACUCCAAAGUCAAUGUUUGGCACACACAAAAAAUGUGAAAAUUCGGAAUUUUUAUUGACUUUGACCUUCCUGUGAACUUAGAAUAGGUCAUCUCUUAAAACUGAUACUCAUUUUGUGAUACACAUGAUCUGGUUGACCAAAUAAUGUUCUUCAGUUUUGUUCAUGCUGACUUCUCAAGGGGGGGGGGGGUAUCCUACCCCUACUCUAUAAAUUUUGAAUUUAAGAUCUACUGUAAGAGCCUUUUGUUAUGAGUAGGACGACUGAAUUUUCAUAAUAAAAUCCAAUGUACAUGUA